GUCUCUCUUUUGCGUGUUUGGGGCGAGAGAGAGAAGGCAGGCUAUUAGAAAGAAGAAAAAACAAACGAGAUAUUACAGAAAAUUGUAGGUUCUUGUGCCCCGCCCGCUCCCGUAGCUGGUAAAGGAUAUCCCUGUGUUUAAAAGAUUCAGUCAAGAUGAAACUAACUACUGUUGCAGUGUUUGGCACCCUUUUCUGCACUGUUCUGUCAGUGCCUCUAAAAGUCAAUGAGGAGAAAACGGCCUUCUUCGGUGAGGACGUCCAUAUUGUGGUUCCGUUGCUAGAUGGCGCUGAUGUUCUGUUCAAGCCCAGCAGCGACCCGGACUCUGUGGUGUUUCUGAUGCGCGAGGGGCGUGUGGAGAGCUCGCGCGCUCAGCUCAAUGCUCUGAACCACCUCAUAUUGGAGGACGUGGGCGAGGAGGACGAGGGGACCUACGUCAUCAAAAACAUCCAGAACCCCGCUGAUGUCAGACACAUGGUCCUCAUAGUCAGAGACUGCUCCUUGGAGCAGGUGGUGAAGUACGGAGACAUGUACUCUGUCCCGGUGAAUGGCAUUGAAAGUCCAAUCACCCUGGAGUUCAGGCCCAGCCAUACCCAGGCCAACCAGACCACCGAGCCUCCGGUCGUGGUCCUGCUGAACCAGAGUGUGACCCCCGCAGAGAACUACCAGAGCCGGCUGAGUGUGACAGACAAGAAGGUGACCCUCAACCAUGUCCGUGGUAGCGAUGAGGGCAGCUUCACUAUUCUGGACAAGGAUGGAAAGGUCCGGAAGAGGACGUGCCUCAACGUCAGAGAGCACCAGACCUUCGUCCAUCUCUCAUAUGCUACCACCUUCAAGAUGAACCUGUACCUGGACCACACCAAGGUCACUCUUAAGUACACGCCAGAGUCGGACCAUGAGGAGCGGACCAUUGUGGACCAGGGGCUGGUGGUGGAUCCAGUGGACCCGGGCUUGGAUGGAAGGCUCACGGUGGAGGGGUCCAUGAUCAUCCUGGAGCGGGUCCGGGCUAGAGACAGCGGCUGGUUCACCGUCACAGACCUGACAGGUUUCUCUGUGGCCACAAUCCAUCUGACAGUGGAGGCCUACAAGCUCCCCACCCUUUACGUAGCCAUCCUGUCCCUGCUGGGGCUGCUGGCCUUCCUGCUUCUCGUGUGCCUCCUGUCCUGCCUGUUCAAGGUGCGGCAGCGGACGGAAAAGGCCCGCAAGAUUGCCCUCAUCGCCCAGCAGGCUGGCAAAGGAGACGGGGACGCCUUCAGACAUGUGGUCCAGGAAGCCUACAACAAGUUCACUGAGGAGUCCACCUCACAGUCCACCUGGGACAACCCUACGGAGAGCACCGAGGUCACCAUCAAGGGUCUGGAGGUGUCCAAAGGCGGGCGCUACCACACCUUCUCCGACAAGAACUUCCUUGAGAUGAGUGACUCAGGGGUGGAGUUUAACUCUGCUGCUCUGCCAUUAGACAGCGACACAGAUGUCCCCCACACCUACAACUUCCACCUUGACUCUGACAGCAUUGCCGCUACUGUUGUUGCCGAGGGUGACCUGAGUGCCAACCAGAACAAUGACUCCGCCACGAGUACCAUUGGGAGCCCCGCGGCGCAGCCCGACGCCGCCCCCGACGGAGACCUGAUGGGGACCGCCACGCCGGAGAACACACCCAGGAGAGGUGACCUGGAAGCAGGCUCACCGAAAGCAACGGAGGUGGUCGAUGAAGCUCCAGCUCCAGAGGCUGGAGACCAGGCAGCUGCAGAAAGCACCUGAGAGCCACAAGGAACCCCAGAGGUUUCUUCAUCCUCAACAUUCACACCACACACAUUCUGACAAUCUGCCACUCAGUCCCAAAACUCUGCUUAGCUCCCACCACCCAUCCCCUUAACCUCUGGUUACUGCUCAUUAGUGUCAACACAUGAUCAUCCAUGACGGUUACCAUACACUGUACUCAAAUAUCAAUCACUGACACACAAACACACAGAGACACAUGCAAGAAGCUUGCCUCUGGUGCAAGAUAAAGUAUCCGUUUGUGGCAUAGCUGCAUAACAGUUCUAACGUGCUUCUGACCAAGAAAUAAAGCAAAGAAAAUUGAACAGAUUAAUUCUGUGUAUAAUGGAUAAAUGCAUGCAUCUCCUUAAGACUAGAAGCAGACAUUUCCUCCUCAGUAGAGUAAAAAGAGGCCACUCUUAAUCUAUAAUGACUGCACAGACUGCAUGUAAGCCACUCACAGAAGACUUAUAGGCGCCAAGUUGUCAGAGGGAAUAUGCCUGACACAGUAGAGCUUAGAGAACCAUACAGUGCAGGACAAAGAGUAAACCAGGGCCAUAUGGUCCCUUUACAGUCAUUCAAUACGCCCUGCAACUCAUCAGCUCCUGCAGCCAGCCACAGGAAACGCUUGUCUCAGCAGCUACAGAAUUGGGAAUGACCCCCCCCCCCCACCCACUCUUCCACCACUAAGCUCUCUCUUCUUCCCUUCAAUUGAUACAAGCACACAGAUUAAAUAACUACACCAUUCAAGAGGCAGUUUAGCUGGUGGUGGGGGUCAUCUGUACCCCUGUCAGACCUUUACAAGGUGUGAAAACGUCAACCAUGUAUGACUCAUUUUCUGCACCACAGAAGAGACAGAAAAUAUUUAAAUUGUAUUCUGAAUUUCAUUCUUAUCCUGAAACAUUCAACACCUCACAACCCAUCCCUCCCUUACACACAACCCCAACAUUAUGUUUUACUGAUUAACCUUUAGAAAAAUAGCCCUGGAAACUCCCUGUUCUAGAACUUGCAUUGGAAACCAGAAUGUAUUUGAUGGACUGUACUGGCUACACCCUGAGAUGAGUUGUUGAGAGAAAUUACUUGCAUGAAUUGAAUCCUCCAUCUUUCACUCUCUUUCAAAUACUUUCCCAAAACAAACUGAGCUUUGAGUCGAUAACAUUGAACAACGAAACCCACCCUCCUUCUGAGAGACUCAGAAGUAAUCAAAGGAGAUGGAUUAGGAGUUCCCAGAGCCAGUGGACUGAACACACAGACAUACCUGUCUCACACAUACAGACUAAACAAACCCUCAAGGGGAAGGGGAACAGAAAGAUCCAGAUUUUUAAGACUCAAUCAACUAGCUUUUCAAUAGGAAAUUUCAACUGAAAACCAUCAAACUGAAAUGAUGGAACUGACACAGCUCCCGAGUCCAUUCCCUUCAGCAUCCAGGUCAAUAGUUGGCCCUCACAUUAGUAACCCUACACUGAUCAUAGUCUGCUUACCUUCUGUGAUAAUGCUCAGAUGUCAUGUUGGAACAAACUGAAGAUGUCCAUGAUGGCCAGUGAGGUCAGGAAGAAAGGCAGGCCAACACUGGCUGUGUCAGGGGGAAAAAGCACAAACUGUUCAUAUUAUUAAUAUUAUAGCAGCUUAUAUAGGCCCUAUAUAUGUAUAUAAACACAUUCAGCAAAAAAUUAUUAUUUCCACUAUGUUUCAUAUUUCGAUUAGUUUAAUUUAUUGUUAUUAAAAUAAUCUGAAAAGGCUACAUGAGAAGAAGGUAAACAUAUUGUGUGAAAGUUAGACUACCACUAGUGUACAGUACAUGACUUGAUUAUAAUGUCAAUGGUUUUUAGUAUCCUGAUUUUGUAGAAGGAUGAAUUGAACAAUAUGAUAGAUUAUAUGAAUUUGUAAUGCUACAGACCUAAAAGACUGAUUGGGAUUUAUAAAGGGUGAAUAUGAUGGUGGUGAUGAAAAGUCCCUUAGAUCUUUUUGUACACUUCUGUACAUCAGGUAACAAUCAAGGCUGCACUCCAAUACAGAAAUGCUACUCCCUUCAAGCACCUGUCCUACUUACUUUCCACAGAUCUGUCCUAAACAUUCAUGUUGGACCAAUGAGGAGCAAUAAACACUUACCUCAGGUCUGUUUAGGGAAUAUGGAAAGAAAUGGACUUUUCUUGAAUGGUGUGCAACCCUAUUUUAUAUAAGGUUAUUUUGGAAUGUAGCCUACAUGAUAUUUCUCCACGCCUACAGUUUAGCCAAUUGAAGAAAUCAUUAUUGAAUAUAGCAAUAUCAGUGCUGUAUGAGACUUCAUACAAACACAGGGUAAAAAAAAGAUAGAAAAGUGAACAUAUUUAAGCCCAAACUACACUGACCUCCCUUCCACACUCAUGUACAUAAAUAUAUACUGCAUGCAUAUUGCCCCCAAACACUUCUUACUGCAAAGCUUAUGCUAGAUUUUAUAUCCCACAACUGCAGCAUCUUUCUCUCACUAUAUCAUCUAUUGCGACAUCCACCACCACUACUACUAGCCCUCUAUUGCUAAUCUUGAGCUUCUUUCCUCGUGUGAUAUCCUGUCAUUCUCUAGCUUUAGUGUAGCCUAUCCCAGAGUUACUGCUGCAUGCAUGACCCAUAGAUUGCCUGUGAGGCAGCACGGGAUAACUAUAUUUGAAUUGCACUGUCGAUCUUGACAUUGUCUGUCCAGGAGGUAUUUUCAUUGUCAAUAUUUACCAUUGACAAAGACUGGGAUGAUGUACCCUGCUUAAAUGCACGCACCAUUCUGUCACAAGGAUGGGACCAUUCGUAGCAUGGGCUAAAAAUAAAUCUCGUUUUUUAAUUUUACAAAAGAAAGCAGAUGGGAGAAGUCGGUAACAAAAGGUUGAAGACAUGGAGAGGAGGGGUGUGGGUUAUGGAGUAAUACAUAAAGUAUUCUAAAUUGGUUCUUAAUCCCUGUGCUGCAGGCAGUAUCUUCACCUCCGCUAAUGUAAUUUUCAUUUGUGUUUUGUUAAUUAAUCAAUUAUAUCCAGCUGCCAUUAUUUAAACCUGCUGGUUCAUUUUGUUACUGGGCUUUGUGUGCUGUGCCAAGAAUGAGUAUAUUUUUAUGUCAGUCUUGUCAAUAAUGGUUGCUACAUUAUUGAGUCCUGCACUCAUUGGUCAAGAAUGUUUGCUGAAGGUAAGAAAACCUUUAAAUGGUGACAGAACGAACAUUUAAAGUAUACACUACUUCAUUUACUUCAUGAUUGUCUUUGCAUUGGCUGUUAAUACACAUUGAACGGACAGGUUUGUUUGAUUGACUGCAGUGGAAAAAAAUCUAUCUAUUCAGGACUCAGUCUCAUGCUCAGCCAAUAAAUCACGUUAUGGGUGAAGGCUUCUCCUUUUUGUUUCAUUUUGAUGUUUUUUUAAGAUUUCAUAGAAUGGAACCAAGUAUUUGACCUGUUUUAUGAUUUCGUCUGACUUUUGAAGUUCACAGCAGAUAGGCUGCAAACUGGUAAUGAUUGACUUUUAUAAUACUUCUCUACAUGAACAAGCAAUGCCUUUGAAUGCUAGAAAUAUCUCAAGAUUAACUAUUUACUCUGUUAUACCUUUUCGCAUCAUGCACAGACUUUUUGUAAUGUUUUUCUUUC